CAAAGUGGACAGUGAGCCUCCUCUCGAAAGUAUCCCUGAUAAAAAACCCAAGUCAGAGUGGCCGCAGGAAGGCAAAAUCGAAUUCAAGAACGUGUUUCUUCGCUAUGCGCCGUUGGAGCCGCCAGAGGUCGAGUUAAAGGAGUUAGAUCUGGAGACUCAUAUCAACGAAGGCGGCUCCAAUCUCAGCGUCAGCCAGCGGCAGCUGAUCUGCCUGGCGCGCGCGAUAGUCAGAAACAACCAGAUACUCGUGUUGGAUGAGGCGACCGCGAAUGUGGAUUCGCAAACGGACGAGUUGAUCCAAAUAACAAUAAAAAAGAAGUUUGAGAAUUGUACGGUGCUGACAAUCGCUCAUCGGCUCAACACCGUCAUGGAUAGCGAUCGUAUCCUGGUGAUGGACGCUGGCAGCGUUGUGGAAUUUGAUCAUCCCCAUGUACUGCUGCAGAAGGAAACGGGGUACCUGAAGACGAUGGUGCAGGAAACCGGCAAACAGAUGGAGAAGAUUCUAGCCGGUUUUGCCAACGAUUGUUACCAGAAUCGCGCUUUGCCCACAAUGCUUUGAUGUAUCCCGACAUUAACUUUUAGCAAUUCUCUCCAACAGGCACCGUGAUUAAUAGCCGUAAAUGUUCCAUCGAUUUUUACAAACGAUUCUUAAAUCUUUGGGAUUUGCAAAAUGAGAGGAUGGUAGAUA